UUAUUAUAUAUACGCGUCAUCAUCAUGGCGGGUCAGUUGUAUAUGGUAUAGUAUAUACUAUGUAUAUACUCUAUAUAGUAUAGUAUAUAUACUAUGUAUAUACCCUAUAUAUAUAGUAUAGUAUAGUAUAUACUUUUCGUAUACGCGGCAUACGCCUACUCAUAAUAUAUAUCUUUAUUAAUUUUGUCAUUCGUCAUUGAAAUGGAAUGUGUUUAUCAGGGUGAACAGAUUUUAUUGAUAACACAUGGUAUAUACUUCCUAUAUACUAUAUAUAUAUAUAUUGCAUCCCUCACUCACAUAUAUUAUCGAUAAUAUUGAUUAUGCUUCAAUAUACAGAAAUCGGUUAACAGCUACAUAACGUGUACAUUUUUUCGAAUCAGACGAUUUUCAGAGCUCUAUAGUGUUUGACGUCCAUGUCGUAUUUUCUUAAAUUUAUUUUUUAAACUCUACGUUCGUUAAAUUUUAAAAAUGUUCAGCUGCGUUACGUGCGGUAAAGUGUACGCCCGUAAGAACGUGCUGAUCAGACACGCUAAAACCCAUGGCGGUCCGGUGAAUUCGUGCGGGAUAUGUCGCAAGGUAUUAAGUCGGAUGGAUAAACUCAUCGCCCAUAUACAAAAUUGCCACAAGAUUGCUAAAAAUAGUCCUGAAUUUCAUAAUGCCGUGCGGAUAGGAGGCACAAUGGGUCGCGCUUCAGUUAUAAGAUGGGCACCCCCUACUACAACGUCGCACGUUCGGUCAGCUGUUCCGACGGCCAUCUCAGUCACAUCUACCCCGCCUCAGGUCUCGCCAUCCGCCCGCCCGCCGGUCAUCUCUAGCCGACCCGUCGCCGCCGAAACACCACCCACUGCCACUGCGGCUCCAUCGAGACCGACUUCGCCGCCGCCGCCGGUGCAGCACUGUGCUCCUUAUACGGAAAAUACUCGAAAAAAUAUCAAAAGAAAAAAGGCGCGUAUGCAAUCGGUGAAUACGCCCGGCUUUGUUGAAAUCGAGUCGUCACUUAAACGUACGACCGUGUGGUACUUCAGAAAAAACGUUGAUAACAUCGUCAGUUAUCGCGCUUUUCUCCACUCUCUGGAGCCGGAAUUGAUCGACAAAUUACGCGAAUGCGUGCGUAUUCAGCCGAUUAAAUACAACCUCAAAUUGGAGGCCACUUAUGUCGUACCUAACCAAGACGAAUCUGCCCAGAAUCGCGCGUUUAAAACGUGCGCGAGGGAAUUGUUUGCGUAUAGCGACGUUGCGGGUUUGAUCGAUCGCGAUUUAACCGCUCUUCUCGCCGAAGAAGACGCUUACGCGGGCAAGGGUAGUGGGUUCACCUUAUCGUGUAUCGACGGGCUGCUCUUGGGCGUGUACGAGUUCACACCGAUGGGUGGUUCGUCGUACUUGCCGUUACCGGAAAGUAUUUUACAUCGCAAGGCCGUCGUAAACCCACAAAACGUUGAUAGUCAGUGUUUCAAGUGGGCGAUUCUGGUGAAACACGUAGCAGUCGAACAUCGUGAACGAGUAGGCGCGAAUUAUUUGAACGAGGAGUGCCGUUACGACUUUUCCGCGCUAUCAGUCCCAACGCCCGUGUCGGAGAUAAAAUUAUUCGAGCGAGCUAAUCCCGGUACGUCGGUUAACGUAUACGGUGUGAAAAAUUGUAAAAAAAAUAAAAAAAAUAAAUCUUCGACGCAAUCGGCGGCGUACCCGCUGCGGGUGGUCGACGACGAGCAGCCGAAUCAUUUCGACUUGUUGUUGAUCGCCGGUUCGGAGAAAAAUAACCAUUACACGUAUAUUUCGAAUUUUUCGCGCCUAGUUAGUUUGCAAAAAAAUAAUCGCGAGCACCGUUUAUUUUUUUGUAAAAAGUGUUUCACCAGUUUUGACGACCGACCUUUGAGGUAUAAAUUACACGGUGAGGAGGCGCUCGCGCAGCAUCGUCUGGUAUGCGGUACGCACAAACCAAUCUUACCCGUAAUGCCGGCAGAAGGGUCAACACUCGAGUUCGACGCGCUACGCAAAACGCAACGCCUACCGUUCGUUUUGUAUGCCGAUUUCGAGGCCCUCCUGCCGAAAACGACGCAGCACUACGGGGUGAAUACCUCCGCGCUGCACUCGCAUCACCCGAUGAGUUACGGAUUUUUGGUAGUAGCUGCGGACGGUGUGCCGGCGGAGCUGCUCGAGCAGUUUGGUAUCGCGCGGACUCCGACCGUUUAUCGCGGUUCCGAGUCCGCCGACGAUGUGGCCAAACGAUUUGUGCUUGCCGUCACCGACGUGGCCGACAGAAUAUGUAAAUUGCUCAAGACGACCAACGUUCCGAUAGUAAUGUCUGUUGAGGAUGUGCGCGCGCAUGGAGUCAAGACCGCGUGCGACUUGUGUGCGAAAACGUUUACCACGAGUAACCGCAAGGUCGCACAUCACGACCACCUGUCAGGUCGUUUUCUUAAAACUCUGUGUAACGCGUGCAACCUCGCAUUACGAACGCCGAAAUUCGUUCCGUGCUUUUUACACAAUCUGUCGAAUUACGACGCGCAUUUCAUUGUGACCGAGUUGGGGUAUGAUACCAACACGAUAUCGGUGAUACCUAACAGCGAGGAAAAGUAUAUUUCGUUUUCGAAAUAUAUCAACAACGAGUUCGCUGUUAGGUUUAUCGAUACGUGUCGGUUCAUGGCGUCGAGUUUGGCCGUCUUGGCGCGGAACCUUACGACCUCAGACUUUUGCAAGUUUCGCGAAGUCGCAAAAGUGUUCACCCCGACGGAGAUGCCGCUGGUGACGCGCAAAGGUGUUUUUCCGUAUGAGUACACGGAUUCCUACGCAAAAUUACGCGAGACGGCGCUACCCGCAAGGAAGGAGUUCUACAGUGCGUUGGCCGAAACGCACGUGAGCGAUACCGAUUACGAACAUGCGGCCCUGGUAUGGAAUCACUUCGGUUGCCGGACUCUCGGCGAUUACAGUGAUUUGUACCUAGAAAUCGACGUACUGCUCAGCGCCGACGUGUUUGAAAAUUUCCGCGACAUAUGCAUGUUGACGUACCAGCUGGACCCCGCGUAUUAUUACACGGCGCCCGGGUUCAGUUUUGACUGUAUGUUAAAAUUCACGUCGGUUAAAUUAGAACUCCUCACCGAUUACGAGCAGAUAUUAUUUUUCGAGCUCGGAAUCCGAGGCGGGUUGGUACAGGCGAGCGGGCGUCACGCCAAGGCCAACAACCCGAAGACGCCCGGAUACAAAGCCGACGAACCGAACACGUGGCUCGUAUAUCAAGAUUGCAAUAACCUUUACGGAUGGGCCAUGAGCGGAUAUAUGCCGUACGGCGGUUUUUCGUGGUACGCGGGGAAUCCGGACGUCGCGUUAGCUCAGCUCGAGUGGAUGACGGAUACGGAUGACGUGGGGAGAGUCUACGAAGUCGACAUUUCGUACCCGCGUCAUCUGCACGACGAACACAACGAUAUACCGUUCCUACCGCACGCUAGUAUUCCGAGCGGCUCUACCGUCCGAAAGUUGAUGGCCACGUUCGAGCGGAAGGUACACUACGUCGUGCAUUAUUCAAAUCUAAAACAAGCCAUCGCCAACGGGUUGAUCGUCGAUAAGGUGCACAGAGUAUUAGAAUUUAGACAAUCCCCGUGGUUGGCACCAUACAUCGCGUUGAAUACGGAAAUGCGUAAACGAGCGACAAAUGAGUUUGAAGAAAAAUUUUUUAAAGAUCAAAAUAAUAGCGUUUUCGGUAAAACAAUGGAGAAUGUCCGCAAUCGUUUCGAGAUGGAGCUUGUUUCAUGUCCCCAGAGGAUGCGAAAACUCAUAAACCGCCCGACGUUUAAGCAGUGUACCACUUAUAGUGAAAAUCUCGCAGCAGUGUCUAUGCACAACAAAAUGAUUAAUUUCUGUAAACCAAUUUAUAUUGGGUUUGCAGUCCUUGAGCGGAGUAAGACACUGAUGUAUGAUUAUCACUAUAACGUCAUGAAACGUCAUUAUGGUGACAAGAUUGCUCUGCUGUACACCGACACCGAUUCCCUCUUGUAUUGUGUAUCGACGGACGACUUUUACAGUGACUUAGCGGACAACCCGAACUUGAGAAGUCGUACGGAUACCUCUAAUCUGCCGCCGGAUCAUGCGUGUUACACGUCGACGCGUAAGAGAAUUCCCGGGUUGUUCAAAGACGAAACCGGAGGACGCACAAUGUACGAGUUUGUGGCGUUACGCGCUAAAUCUUACGCGUAUGACAUCGAAAACGCUACCACCAUACGAGCAAAGGGGAUUAGAGGUCACGUGAUACGCAAUCACCUAACGUUCGAGGACCACAAGCGAUGUUUGUUCGCCGUCGACGACGACGACGACGAUGAAUCCGAUGAACGCGAUGACGAGUUCAACGCACGCACGAGUAAGCUGAUAGCGUCGUCUUGUGCGCAACAAGUCAUCGCACGCAUGCAUACAGCAGCAACAACAGCAGCAUCGGCGACAACGUCGUCGACAUCUUCCCCGCCUCCACCACCACCACCACCAAUGACACGGCGGUCUUAUGAACCAUAUACCCCGUAUAGAGAGAACGUGUCGAUUCGAUCAUUUAAACAUAAAAUCAAAACAAUUAAAACAAUGAAAUUGGCUUUAAACAGAUCGGAUGAUAAACGACACGUUCUACCCGAUCGUGUGCAUACACUUGCACACGGUCAUUAUAAAAUUGUAUAAAUUGUCAUUGUUAUCAUUAUUAUUAUCAUUAUUGUUUUUUGUAUGUACAUAUGAUUUAUUAAAAUAUAUUUAAUGCUCGAAUUAUAAUAUCAUUUUCUACUUUUUUUAUAUAAUUGAUAAGAUUUAUCAUAGAUUUCAAAAAAAAAUACUAUCAUUAUUUUAUAUUUUUUAUAGUGGUGGAACGUUAACUGAUAAUAUUUACUAAAAUUUUCCCACUCUUCAUAAUGAGCUAGAAAAAAAAUAUUUAUUAAAAAUCGACUCGUAAGCUAGCGUAUACAGUCGUCCCUUUCACAGUCUCUAUAGUCACCCUUAUCCAAUAAGUACUAAGUACCUGGUACUUACAUUCACGGACGUUCAACGCAUAUCUGAAAAUAAAUAUGUCGGAUUCAUCAGCAUGUUCAUUUUUCGACAGUCCUGCUAGAUUACACUCGCCUUCAAUUUCACCGCCAUUAUUUCCCGAAUCAUACGACUACGAACACUAUACACUAAAUAUUAAUAAUGUUACCGAUGACGGAGACAGGACAUUAGAUUUUGACCCAAAUAAGCCUUUUCCAUGGCGCUCACCUCAUUCGGAUGAAACACAUGUAUCCGAUUAUGAGAUACUAAGUCCUUAUUCAAAUGAUGCGCAGUCUUUCCAUUGGUCAAAUGGUCCAUGGCGUGAUGACGAAUUGCAUUGGAAAAAAAAAAUUUUACAGAGAUUUCUGUAAAAAUACUGUAUACUUACUCUAAAAAAUAUACAAUGUUAUAAUAAUAUA